CUCGGGCCGGGCGGGUUCCGGACGGACCGCGGCGCUCCCGGCUCCCGGGAGCCGCGAGGGACUCCCGAGGUCGGAGGGGCUCUUGCUCCGAGGGAAAAGUCUCCGAGUGGAAGAGCUCAGCGGGGGGACUCGGAGGCCAGAAGGGGAGGGAGGCACAGCCUCCACUGCAGCAGCCGCACCCGCGAUGCAGAGCAUCAAGUGCGUGGUGGUGGGCGAUGGCGCUGUGGGCAAGACGUGCCUGCUCAUCUGCUACACAACCAACGCCUUCCCCAAGGAGUACAUCCCCACAGUGUUCGACAAUUACAGCGCCCAGAGCGCAGUCGACGGGCGCACCGUGAACCUGAACCUGUGGGACACAGCGGGCCAGGAGGAGUACGACCGCCUCCGCACACUCUCCUACCCUCAGACCAACGUCUUCGUCAUCUGUUUCUCCAUCGCCAGUCCGCCCUCCUAUGAGAAUGUGCGGCACAAGUGGCAUCCAGAGGUGUGCCACCACUGCCCCGACGUGCCCAUCCUCCUGGUGGGCACCAAGAAGGACCUGAGAUCCCAGCCUGACACCCUACGGCGCCUCAAGGAGCAGGGCCAGGCGCCCAUCACGCCGCAGCAGGGCCAGGCGCUGGCCAAGCAGAUCCACGCUGUGCGCUACCUCGAGUGCUCGGCCCUGCAGCAGGACGGCGUCAAGGAAGUGUUUGCUGAGGCCGUCCGGGCCGUGCUCAACCCCACGCCCAUCAAGCGUGGGCGGUCCUGCGUCCUCUUGUGACCCUGGCACUCAGCUUGGAGGCUGCCCCUGCCCCCCACCAGUUGUGCCUUUGUGCCUUGGCGCCUUGUCUGCCCCCAGCUGUGCCUUAAGGACUAAUCCUGGCACCCCUUGCCAGGGGGCUCCCCAAAUGCCUUUCGCUCCUUAAGGAGGCCCACGGGGAGAGGGGCUUUGGGCCCCACCCCACUCCGCCUGGGAGCACCAGGUAUUCUUGAGAGCUCCCCCAGGCCGAGGUCGGACCCCUCCCCAAGAAGCCAACCCAGCGCCCCCUCCCUUCUGAGCAGCUGAUCCCGCUGUCCACGCAGAUGUCGCUGCCAGUUGCGGUGCUUUCUCAGAUUGGAGCUCUGGCUGUCCCCGACCUCUCCCCGCUGCUCUUGGAAUCGCUCCCCUCAAGAUGCUCCCCCUUCCCAGGAAGGAGCCACGGAACCCUGAGAAGAUCCACGUGCCCUACCCUACGCCCCUGUGCCCAGGCCUUCCGCGCCCGCCGACUGACUUGGCCCCCACCCCACCCCACCCCCUCCGGGCUCCUGGGGGCCUCUCCUACCCCCAUCAGCAUCAAUAAAACCUCCUGUCUCCAGUG